CUCCUCAAAAAAAGAAAAGUAAAUAGAAAUUCAACACACGUUACUCUUAAAAGUUAAAAGAAUAAAGAAUCCCUCUCUCCCUCUCCCCCUCUCCCCCUCACCACCAGCUCGCAUAAGUUUUCUUGUCCCCAUACUCAUAUGGAAGAAGAAGGUUAUCAGUGGGCAAGAAGGUGUGGAAACAACGCCGUUGAAGAUCCUUUUGUUUAUGAGCCACCUCUUUUCUUUCUGCCUCAAGACCAACAUCAUAUGCAUGGGCUCAUGCCAAAUGAAGAUUUCAUUGCCAACAAGUUCGUCACAUCAACACUUUACUCCGGUCCACGAAUCCAAGAUAUUGCAAACGCUCUGGCCUUGGUCGAACCCCUGACCCACCCAGUCCGAGAAAUCUCUAAAUCAACAGUUCCUCUUUUGGAAAGAAGUACUUUGAGCAAGGUGGAUAGGUACACUUUAAAGGUGAAGAACAAUAGUAAUGGAAUGUGUGAUGAUGGAUACAAAUGGAGAAAAUAUGGCCAAAAAUCAAUCAAAAAUAGCCCUAACCCAAGGAGUUAUUACAAGUGCACAAACCCAAUAUGCAAUGCAAAGAAGCAAGUGGAGAGAUCAAUUGAUGAGUCUAACACAUAUAUCAUUACCUACGAAGGUUUCCACUUCCACUAUACUUACCCUUUCUUCCUACCCGAUAAGACACGUCAAUGGCCCAAUAAAAAAACGAAAAUACAUAAACAUAAUGCUCAAGAUAUGAACAAAAAAUCUCAAACCCAAGAAGAGAGCAAAGAAGCACAAUUAGGUGAGCUCACCAACCAAAAUCAUCCAGUCAAUAAAGCCCAAGAAAACACACCGGCAAAUCUCGAAGAGGGAUUGUUUUUUCCGGUUGAUCAGUGUCGGCCGCAACAAGGGCUUCUAGAAGAUGUGGUAGCUCCGGCAAUGAAAAAUAUUCCUACCAGGGACAGUGUUUUGACAGCUUCUUGAUAAAUAAAAAAUUAUUUGAAAAUAUUAAAAAAAUAUAAAAUUAAACUUCUUUAUCAUAACCGGAGAAAGUUUUAUUUUUCUUCUAAACUUUUUACGUUUAAAUAAAUUUAUUUUGCUCAUCUACACAAUAAAUACAUCUAAAGAGUUUCAAGAAAUAUUUAAUAUGUUUGAUAUUGCCA